GUCUCCAAUUAAGGGAAUCCCGCUGGGUUGUAAAAAUAACAGUGUUAGGCACGUCAUGUCAUUUAGAAGGCAGGUGUUUGUGUUACUAAAAGAUCCAAAUCAAGUCAUAAAUGUAGCCUGUAAUUUUAAUGUAGAAGGGACGAAUUAUGUGGUGUUCAUCAGUUCUGAGACGAUGAGGUGUUUUUACUGCAGAGAACUGGGACACCAGAGGAAAGCCUGCCCGAGAAGGAAGGCUAGAGCAAAGACAGGGCAGGAACAUGGCGAUGCUGGCGGGGAGGAAGUUGGGGGUGUUGGGGGUGAGCGGGAGGAAGAGUCGGCUCUUGCAUCACAGCCGCAGAUAAAGCCUGUGCUGACCGAGGAGGAGGAGGUGAUCCAAUUGCCAAAGGAAACCGGAGCAGAACCACCAACACCAAGGCCUCACACAAAGAGACCCAGUCGUAGUGUCACUGAUGGGUUCAGAGGAAAAUACAGCUACUACUGAGAAUGGUCAAUCGAGGAGUCAGAGGGAGCUGCGGAGGAGCGGAUUCACUGGGUUGAGCAAGAGCACAGCGUGGAAGAGAUGGAGGGGGAGAUCUCUGACUCCUCGCUUAUCUCAAAUAUCCUUGAUAGCCAACCCAUCAGUAAGAAAAAAUUAUAUAUGCUUGAGCAGAAAAAAAGCACUGCUGACCCACUCGGAGAUGACUGCCGCUGUCAAUCAGGUCUCCAGCGGAAAGGUUCCCGGGAUCGAUGGACAGCCCGUUCCCUCCCUCCUUGGCUCCUCCCCUCUUUGUUUGUCCAGGAAAGAAAAAGUGCAGUGUGAUGGGGAGGUGUUUCAGGAGCAGCAGUGAGUGAUUUCCUCUCACCUGUACCCCCAAGCAUACCCCCCUGCCCUGUCCUGCCAGUAUCAGGUAUUCCUGGAACGCAGAUUCCUGGCCUGUAUUUCACGGAACUCUUUCAGGUCGAUCACUACCAGGAAACAGAGUGCCCAUACGACACCCUACAGGGAUGAAGUGUCCAAUGCCUGUUCAAUUUCUAAAUGGGAAAAUUACUCCAGAGUUUGAGGAAUAUCGUUAUCAAGACUACAUCACAGUGCGAUCUAAAACAUUGUAUCACAAGGGCAUUUGUAUGAUCGGGAAGAGAGGAGGGAGAGAGAAGAGGGAGAGGACAAAGGAGACAACCUGGGUCAUCAUUGUGUUUAGACACAAAGAGAGGAAGUGGGAGGAUGCAAAUCAGAACAAAGUCAUUCCAACCUGCCUGCCAGUGUGUGGGAAGCUCCAUAACCGCAUACCCAAAGUGUAACGCAUUCUGGGAGGCAGCACGGCAGAGGGGCAACUUCCCCUGGCAGGUACUUCUGCUCACUGACCAGUGGAUAAUGACAGCCGCACACAACAUCUACCUGAACCAUAAAGAGCAGAGAGACAACCUGCAAGACCUUGCUCCGUCCAGCCAGAUCCACCUGGGGGACACCAAUGUGGAGAUCCUGACCUUCAUGCCUCGCCUGGAGAUCGAAGGCAUCUUUGUGCUCCCCGGCUUCCAAAAGGGGGCUUUACAGUUCAACAACGACAUUGAGCUGAUCAAGCUGUGGCACCACGUCACAGUGAAUGAGACAUUAAUGCUGCUCAGCCUCCCCGCAGAUGACUCCCUAUACCAGCCCAGAGUGAUGGGCUAUGUCUCUGACUGGGGCAUCACAGAGGGAAAUAAACUCUCCAACCAGCUCAAGAACGUGGCAUUUCCUGUGGUGGAUCUGUGCCAGUGCAGUGCCUCCAUCAACUCACAGAGGAGCCACAGGAUUGUAGACAUCCCACACCUCACUGACAACAUGUUCUGCGCAGGGAGAGUGGAGGGGGGUGAAGACACCUGCUUGGGGGACAGUGAAGGUGUCUUCACCCUGCUUAGAGGGGGCUGAGGGGGUGGGGAGGAGUUCUAUGCAGCAGGGAUUGUUUCCUAGGGAGUGAAUUGUGGGAAGAAGGGAAACUAUGGGGUUUAUACCAGAGUGGAACGAUACCUGAGCUGGAUACAGCAGACUAUCGGGGGAACAGAGACCUUCCUCUCUCCCCUCCAUCUUCUUCUUCUCCUUACUCUCACUCCCUCUCCUCUCUCCCCUCCCUAUCUAUCUCCC